AUGGAUCAGUUUUUAACAACAACGACGAAUAAAUUGAAAUCUAGCAACUACUCUGAGAUAACAAUUAUAUUAGGAAAUGAAAGUUGUGAUUUAGACUCCGCAGUGACUGCCCUUGUCUAUGCAAUGUUUCUUAGCUGGCAAUAUGAUCAAAUCAAAUGUAAAGUUUGUACUAAGAGCCACCGUGAUGAGAGCACAUAUAAGGAAAGCAUAUAUGUACCAGUGUUAGAUGUAGAACGAGAAGACUUUAGCUUGAAGACAGAAGUGGUAUACUGCUUGAAGGAUCAUGGAAUAAGUGAAGACAGUUUGGUGUUUAGGAAUGACAUAGACAUAAAGAAUCUCUUGGCAUCUAGUACAAAGACUAAUAUAAUUCUGGUGGACCAUCACAUCCUUAGUAAGAAGUAUGACUUCCUUGCACCUUAUGUGACGGAGAUUAUUGAUCAUAGACCGUUCGAUAAGAAGGAAUGGAAUUACAAAGAAGAUACAAGAAGUUUGAUAGAGACGGUGGGCUCUUGUGCUACGUUGGUGGCUCAAAGGAUGAAAGAUUUGAGCGCCUUGAUCGAGAAGAAUUUCGAUUUCUUUACUACCUAUCCAUCAUGCACCAAGCUACUUCAUUGUGCAAUAAUAUUGGACACAGUAAACUUUUCAAAGGAUAUAAACAAGGGAACACCUCAUGAUAAAGAAAUAGUGGAGUUCCUUGAGAGUAUACUAAAGCUAGAAGACCGGGAAGCCGAGAGGAAAUCCAUAUUAGACAGGUUAUUAAAUGCAAGGUGUGAUGUGUCUCCGCUGACCGCAUCACAACUAAUGCGGAAGGACGUGAAGAUUGUUGGCGACGUUCUUGUGCCAAGUUUCCCUAUACCAGUGAAGGAAUUUCUAAAGAAGCCUGGAGCCCUCCAAGCCGUUAGUGAAGCUCUGCAGCGUUGUAAAUGCAGCAUUGGACUACUUUUAGGCAUGAGGCUGUCUCCAGUGCAUCUGAAAGAUGUGGCUGUUUAUGGACCUGGAGUCAGUGAGAAAGCGGCUAAGCUGGCAAAGUAUCUCCAGGACUGGGGCAGUCCAUCAUUCCAGUUGUCGCCUGAAGAUCCGGGAGCAGGUUGUGAUGGCUGUUUCUACUACCACCAGUUGUACUCCCCAGCGACGAGGAAACAGUAUAUACCAGUUGUGGUAGAGUUUUUACAGAGUUAUAUGGAAUAA